UCAAGUGUCCGCCCGCCUCACCCUCUCAAAGUGCUGGGAUUACAGGUGUGAGCCACCACACCUGGCCACAAAUAUUUAAAUCAAAACAAAGUAAGACAUAUUAUAGGUACUUUUAACAUAAAUAUAUUGUUGAACAUUAUCAUUGGUCAGUGACAUGCAUAUUGAAAUGAGCAGAUAAAAGGGUGAGAAGAAUAAAGUAUAGAUGUUAAUUAGACUUUACCAAGAAAUCAGAAUACUGAAAUAAAAGUGGACCAGAAAUAAGGACUGCCCAUAUAAGAGGAAGAUAACUUGAGGUUCACUUUUGCAUUAUAAUUCUUACUGCGAAUGUUUUUGAUGAUUUUAAAAUGAUUAUAUAUGGAGGAUUUUUUUCUUUCUUUUUUAUUAAGGUUUGCUGGUGAGGCCUUCGACCCGCUAGUUGAAGCACUAGUUACAGAAUCCUGGAGAAGGCUAGAAAGGUUUGAUAUUAAACUGCUAUCAGAAUUUUCCACUUGCCUAGCACAGCAGCGUUUAUAUUUUAGUCCUUUAAUGGGAAAAAUAGCUGAUAUUGUUCAUAGGAACUUGGAAACCACACAGGACUUAAGUUCCUUGUCUGUCUUAAUGGUCAACAUAUCUUCUUUAAUAUCACGACAUUUUCAAGAACAACUGGUGAACAAAACAGAACUUCUUUUUGACACCAUGGAUUCUUCUGAGGUCGACUUUGCAAAAAGAAUAGUACAGUUUCUUCGAAAUGUUAGAUAUCGUUAUCAACCACUAUUAGAAAGGUGUAAUAAUGUAUUUUUAAGUAAUGUGGACCACCUCGAUUUGGAUUCCAUCAGUAAAAUACUUAGUCUACACAAAUUUCUGCAGUUUAAUAGUUUUAAAUUUAUUAUAGUGGCCAAAAAGAAGCUGACUGAAAUGAUUCCUCUGCUUAAUCAUCCUGCUAGCUUUGUAAAAUUAUUUGUAGCAUUGGGACCCAUUGCAGGACCUGAAGAAAAGAAACAACUUAAAUCAACUAUGUUAUUGAUGGCAGAGGAGCUAACUGGUGCACAAGCCCUGGCAGUGUUGGGAGCAUUGGAAGAUAUGGAAAGCAGAAAUUCACAUCUGAUUAAAAGAGUUGCUUCAGUUCUGUAUAAACAUUUGGAUAACUAUAAACCAUUAGAGUUGUUGAAGAUAACUCAAGCAUUGACUUUUCUGCAUUUCCAAAGUAAGGAGUUUUUUGUGAAACUUAGAGAAUUACUGCUUAGUUAUUUGAAAAUCAGUUUCAUACCAACUGAGAUGUCCCUUCUGGUCUGUGCUAUUUCCAUGCUUCCUUCUCCUCACUUGGACGAAGUGGGGAUAUCCCGAAUUGAAGCAGUUUUACCACAGUGUGACCUAAAUAAGCUGACUGGUUUUUCUGCAUCUGUUUUAAGAUGGAUUCAGUAUGACCACAUGCAUUUGGAUAGUAAUACUGGGAAACAACUGAAACUACUUCAAAAAUUAGAUCACUAUGGUCAUCAGAGACUACAACACAUCAACAGUUUUGAUCUGUUAUGGAAGGAACUGAAAUCUCUCAAAGGAGACGUGUUUCCUGAGUCACUUAUUGAAGAAAUGAUUGCUGCUUUACAGUGUUUCAGGGAUGAAAUUAAUUACAUAAAUGUUGCAGAGAUUGCAUAUUUUAUUUCUAAAACUAAUUACCUCAGUACUUUGCUACUUGAUAGGAUAGCCUCAGUGGCUGUUCAGCAGAUUGAAAAGAUCCAUCCUUUUACAAUUUUUGCUAUUAUUAUUCCGUUCAGCGUUUUGAAUUAUGAUCCACCUCAAAGGGAUGAAUUUUUAGAAACUUGCAUGCAACAUCUUAAUUCUUACUUAGGUAUAUUCGAUCCUCAUAUGUUAGUGUUUCUUGGUUUCUCUUUGGCCACACUUGAAUAUUUUCCAGAAGAUCUGCUAAAGGCAAUUUUUAACAUCAAAUUCUUAGCUAGAUUAGAUUCUCAACUUGAAGUUUUACCUUCAUCUCUAAGUACAAGAGUCCAGUUUCAUCUUAUGGAGUUGAAUAGAGCAGUCUGCUUGGAAUGCCCUGAGUUUCAGAUUCCAUGGUUUCAUGACCGCUUCUGCCAACAAUAUAAUAAAGGUAUUGGUGGCAUGAAUAGAGCACAACAGCAGAUUUAUAAAAUGUUAGCAGAGGUACUAGGAGGAAUCAAUUGUGUAAAAGCCUCGGUUCUUACGCCUUAUUACCACACAGUAGAUUUUGAGUGUACCUUGGAUAAAAAAAAAAAACCUCUUCCUUAUGGAAGCCAUAAUAUAACAUUGGGACAACAACCAGAAAUGCCCUGGGAAUCAAAUACUGAAAUAGUUGGAUCAAGGCUGCCACCAGGAGCUGAAAGGAUUGCUUUGGAAUUUUUGGAUUCGAAAGCAUUUUGUAGAAAUAUUCCUCACAUAAAAGGAAAAUCUGCUAUGAAAAAACGACAUUUGGAAAUUUUGGGCUAUCGUGUAAUUCAGAUUUCUCAGUUUGAAUGGAACUCUAUGGCACUGUCAACAAAGGAUGCUAGGAUGGACUACCUGAGAGAACGUAUAUUUGGAGAAGUCAAAUUAUGAUUGUAGUUGUUUAAAUGAAUGUUAUCAUGUGUCACAUUUGGACUUAUUUGAAUUAAGUGGCCUGACUCAAUAUAAAAUAAGAGGUACAAAUAUCCUAAGGUGGGAACAUGCCUGGCAUGUUUGAGAAUAACAAAGGAUCCAGUAUGGCUGGAGCAGAACAAGUGGGGAGUGGGGUGGGAGUAUGUAAGAGAAAAGGAAAGAGAUAACAGAGUCAAAUACAACCUCUUGGCUACUUGGAGUGAGAUGAGAAGCCAUUGGGGGGAUUCAAGCAAGGAAUGAUAUGAACUCACAUUUUAACUGCAUUACUUUGGCUACCUUGUUGAGAUAAGAAAAGACUAUGAUGAGGCAAAAGUGUAAGCAAGAAAACCCUCUAUGAGGUCAUUGCAAAAAUCCAGGCAAGAAAUGAAUGGUGGCUUGGAGAGAGUGGAGCAGUGGAGGUAAUGAGAAGUAGUCAGAUUUUUGGAUGUAUUUUGAAGAUAAAGGCAACAGAAUUUGCUCAGUGAGUGGAUAUGAGGUAUGAGAGAAAUAGGAGUCAAGGAUAAUUCUAAGUUUUUGUCCUAAGCAACUAAAAGGAUGUUAAUGCUAAUGAGCAUUAACUGAGAUGGGGAUGGUCUACAGGACGAGCAAGAUGGGGCAGGUGGUGGGGUUGAUUAUGAGUUUGUUUUAGAUAUGUUGAGUUUGUGAUGUCUUUUAAACAUCUAAGUGGAUAUACCAAAUAGAGAAUUCAGUAAAUGAGCUUGGAGGUCAGGGAAGACAUCCAGGCCCCAGAUACAAUGUAUAAGUUGUCAGCAGUAUUCAAUGCCCUGAGACGAAAUCACUUAAAAUAAGAUUAAGUAGAUGAAAUCACUUAAAAUGAGGUAAGAGUGUGAAUGGAGGAGAGGGCUGAGGACUGAGUUUGGUGCUCCAACAUUAAAAGAUUAAUAGGAAGAAGAGGAAUCAGGAAAGGAGACUGAGCAGGGAUGGCCAAUGAGAUAGGAGGAAAGAAGGUAGUAAUCCUUCCUAGAAGCCAAGUGGAUAAAGCAUUUCAAGGAGGUGAGUAGUGGUAUCAGAUGCUGCUGAUAGGUCAGGUAAGAUGAGAAAUGGGAAAUGGCUAUUAAAUUUAGCAACAUGGAAAUCAUUAGUACUUUGAAAAGAGUCAUUUUGAAGUGGCGUGUGUGAAAGCCUGACUAGUUCAAGAGAAAAUGGGAGGAUAUACGUUUUCUCCUAAAUGGAAGCAAAGAAAUGGGGUCGUAGCUGAGUGGACCAAUCUUGACCUGGUCUGAGCCUACACAUGUUGAGGGAAUAAUGGUAUUUCCCCUGUCUUACAACACAUUUAUUCAAUAAAAUGGUUACUAAGGGCCUGCUAUGUGAUAUAAUCCCCAACCCUUCCUCUAAGAGUGAUGGUUUUGUACUCAGCAGGCCACAGCCUAACUACCCUCACUCAGACCACCUGGUGAUGGUGGCAGUAAUUGGCCAUCUGAAACGUGGCUAUCUUCUGACUCCAUGACCCUCUCACUUCCUAAGUAUAGCUUUAAAAUAUGUGUCUUGCAUGUAAUUUGCUUCACUGAUAUUUGGCUUAGACUUAGUUGAAGUACCUGUUUAAAAUAUCCAAUGACUGCAUGAUUUGAAUGCCAAUACUUAAUGAUUUUGUGGAACAUUAACUUCACAAAACGUUUUGUGAAAAACAAUCAGAAUAGUAAGUGAAAGAUGUCUCAUUGUCUCUUCCUCUUUCUGAAUUCCUCAUAUUGAUUUAUAUUAGUGGAAAUGCUAAAUUCAGAGUGUUUAAUUUCCAUGAUUGUGUUCUAUUUCUCAAGCAAAUGAUAACAAGAACUAAACCCUUGGUUAGGUUAAAAUAUUUUACUAUGCAAUUUUAGAAUAAAAUGAUUAGGCUGAUGAGGAUUAUAAAGGGUUUCCUUUGGAUAUAAGUGAAAAUUUAGUCAUUAUAUACUUGAGGAACAUGGAACUCCUGAUUGAAAAUAACCUUUGUGUACUUUCACUGGUUGUUACAUAUGAUUGAACUUUUCACCUAUCACAUCUCUUACUCUCUCUAGGCAGUAGUCUCCAACCUUUUUGGCAUCAGGGACCAUUUUUGUGGAAUACAGUUUUUCCACGGACAGAGUGGGGGGAUGGAAUGGUUUCAAGAUAAAAUCUCAGAUCAUCAGGCAUUAGUGAGAUUCUCAUAAGGAGUGCACAACUUAGAUUGCACACGUGUACAGUUCACAAUAGGAGGGUUCGUGCCCCUAUGAGAAUCUAAUGUAGCUGCUGAUCUGACAGGAGGUGGAGCACAGGUGGUAAUGCUAGCUUGCCUGCCCACUGCUUGCCUCUUGCCGUGUGGCCCAGUUGGGGAAUCCUGCUCCAGGCUAUCUGAUGCAAAUGGUUUUCUUUUAUAUAUAAUAUAUAAAUAUAAAUACUGUUAUAUUUUUGAUUGAUGAUUUUUCUAUCUAAAUAGCUUACCUCGUUAUAAACAAAAGCAUUUUUUAUUGAGAUACAAUUCCCAUAUUAUAAAAUUCACCCUUUAAAAGUAUGUAAUUCAGUGGUUUUUAGUAUAUUUGUGCAACCAUCACCCAUAUCUGAUUCAGAACAUCAUCAUCCUCAAAAGAAACCCUGCAAGAAGCAUCAUUUUUACAACUUAUUUUUACAUCUGUGUAGAUUGGCAUUCUCUCCCCAAAAGUAGUCUCAAUCCUGAUUUUAUAGUAAGAGAUUCUUACAAUUUUAUCACCCAGAUGUAUACUUCUGGACACCAUAAUCCCUGUGGCCCCCUCUUCCUGCACCCUUUUGAGUCUAAGUGUCCCUUUUGCUUCCUAACAGUUUAUUUGUUGAAGAACCUGUAGGGUUUUCCACUUUGGGAAUUUCUUGAUUCUGUAUUCAUGCUAUAAUUAAGAAAAGUAUUUUUCAAUAUAGAAGAGUAAUCAGGAUUCUACUUUAAAUAUCCAAAAUAAAACUUGUUUCUGUUAAAUAUA